UUCUUUUUGUUCCCAAAACACAUUUUUCUACAUCUUAGAGUCUUAGAGAAGAAAGGCAAGAUAAUCAAUCUCAUGGCGAUGUCGAUCUCCGGAGCUGUGUUUAAUGGUUUGGGUUCUUCGUUCUUGAUCAGUCGAGGCAAGAGAAGCGGCGUUGGACUUGGCGUAGUAGCUAUGAGGGUUGGCCGGAAAAAUGUGAUCACUUCACCUAAGUGCAAGAAGUCGUGGGUUCCGACAGCCGUCAAAGGUGAUGGUAACUCAAAACUCGACCCCAAAUGGCUCGAUGAUGCCUCACAGAAAGCUUCCGACUACGUGAAGGAGAAGGGAAGCGAAGUGGGACAUGCGUCUGCUCAGAAAGGGCAAGAUGUUAAUGAUCAUGUAGAUAGAGCAAAGUACUAUAUGUUUGAGAAAGCUAGUGAAGCAAUCGACAAUGUGGCUGAAAUUGCUCAGUUUGCUUCGGAGUUUGUGACGGAGAAAGGCAAGGAGACGAAGAAAGAAACUGCUUCAAUAUCGGAGAAAGCCAAAGACUUCAUUGUUGAAAAAGCCGGUGAAAUUAUAGAUAUAGCGACGGAUGUGAGCAAGAAAACGGCCAAGUACGUCGGAGAUAAAGCCAAGGAGGUUAAAGAAGCUAUAAUGCCUCCAAAAACUUAAAGUAAAGAUUUGAUGCAGCCCUAAACAUAUACGAGGUCUUGAGGCAAUGUAGCAAAAAAUAUGUAUUAUUAUGCGAGAUAAUGAAACUGUUAUAAUCAGAACUCUAAGACACGCCUCUUUAAUCAUUGGAAAAUUCUCUUCUAAGUAUGUAGUAUGAGAUAAUAAUUAGGAUCCUCCUAGCAAGGUAAUGAUGCCUAGAAAUAAG